UUGGGAAGAGGCACUAUGUUUCACCAAAUUCUGCGAUGAGCCAACGUGACAGACUGGUGUUGUGCUGCCGUGGCUGAUGGGAAACGGCGGUAGCGAGCUGGAAAGGCCCAGAGAUAUUGGAGUACCCGAAGGAGGUGUCAGCGAGGAAGAGUUGCAUCAGUUCCUGCGCGGAUUGCUUCAAAAUGAGAAGGCUUUGGCCGAUGUCUGUGGCAGUCUUUGCGACGAGGCCGAGGCCUCCGAAUCCAUCGCAGACGACGGCGGAGUCCCUGCAGCAUGAGGCCUUCGUCCCCGCCGAGUCCCUGCAGCCCCUGACGCAACAGUUGAUCGACCGGCUGCGCUGCCGGGACCCGCAGACCUUAGAGCGCAUCGGGGAGGUCUACUCCAGCUUUGCCGAACGUCCAGGAUUGACGCCCCUGGAGUUUCAAGGAUAUGUCGCUUGCGUUCUCACGCAGAUCCUGCGCCCCCUGGACGCGCGGAACGAGCCGCGGAACGAGCCCCCACGGGCGCGGCCGUUUGCGGCCACGUUGCAGGCCGAAGCGCCGGCGGAAGCGCCUCCGCCGGCGGAAGCGCCGGAGGCGCCCGAGGAGUUGAGCGAGCUGCAGCGCUUGGCGAAAGAGUUGGACUCCUUGAACGCUUCCCUGACCGAGCACCAGAAGGAGCCACUUCCAGCCCCUAUGGACUUGGAGAAGGCGCCAGCUCCCACCGAGGUGAAGGCCGAGACCGCCCAUGAAGUCGAGCAGAAGGAUGAAAUGGCUCAUCUCCUGGCCAACUUGGACGACCUCAACAGUUCCCUUCAACCCUUGCGGCGCCGAGCUUCCCCCACGCGGGAUGACACCGCAGCAGCAGAGCACAUGGCUCCCGGGUGCGCGGCGGAGGCCAGGCGCACGGCACUGGCUCCCGAAAAGUAUGUCCAGGGCCCUCAUGCUCAUCCACAGCCUGGACAUCCUCAUCAUCAUCAACCAGGACAUCCUCAUCAUUUGCAGCCAAGACAUCCUCAUCAUCCUCAGCCAGCACAUCCUCAUUAUCCUCAACAUCCUUCCUCACCACCGCGUGACGUGGCACAUUCCCUGGAGCACGUCUUCCCAGUGGCUCCGCAGGCUCAGCAAGCUCAGCAGGGCAUGAUGGCGCAGACUGCGCAGCAUCGUCACGCAGGUCGCAGUCCACUGGGGCCAGCGGAAGCCUUCGAUGCCGGCAACACUUAUGCCCGUGCCCUGCGCGGUGGGGCUGGGGCAGCGGCACGUGGAGCUGGACUAGAGCGGCGGAUGGAAGUGCCAGAGGAAGGACCGAUGAUGCCUGAAGCCGGACUGACCAUGGAAGGACCGCCCAUGGGAGCUGCCAUACCGGGACCUAUGCCGGCUGCGUUGGCGGCUGCCAUGCCUGUGGCCAAUGCCGUGAAUUCUCGUUUGCAGGGUGCGGGCAAAGGAAUUGCCUAUAGCUGGCAAGCCUUCGCUGAAACCAUGGACAGCAUCUUCGCCGGGGACGCCUCCAGCCACGCAGCCGGGCCGGAGCCCGAGGUGGCACUGCCGGAGGUGGCACUGCCAGCGCCGGCGCCGAUGCCGGCACCGGAGGACGUGCCGUUGAUCUUCCGGCAGCCGACGGUGGAGGAGGUUCGAGAGGUCUUGGAACAGGAAGGGCUCCUAGCCUAUGUUGCCACAGCUGCCGGCUCAUUCUGCCCAAAGAAGCUGUGUUUGGACUCUUCGUACUUGUACAUUUUAGAGCCCGACUCCUCGAUCCCGGCGGUCUUCUUUGGCAUGCAAGGCUUCUGCUUAGACGACUUGCAGCGCGUGGUGCUGAACGAGGCACAUUUGGACUCCAGCUCCAAGCCUUUGCUGUCGCUGGAGUUCGAGGAAGGUUUCCUUCCAGUGCGCUUGGGAAGCGCCACGGUGCUGCGGGGAUUGGUGGGAGUACUCUGCCAUGGACGUCACGUGCAGAUCCUCGCGACCACGGGACGGGCCUAAAAUCGAGCGCUGGCGCGGGCAAGUGCGGAUGUG